AUUGAUUUACAACUAACAUCCUUGUCGCAGUGUUUUUUGUCCAAAAAAACGCCAUGUGGCAAAUUGGCAUUUUUCUUGGUGUUUUUCCCCAACAACAAAAAACAAGUGGAAUUCCAGCCUAACGGGACUUCUUUGGUGUUCUCCCGAUGGAAUUCAGGUUCUUGUUGGAAGUUCUGUUCCGCAUAUAACCCAGUAGAAUCAAUGGGAGGGUGCUGCAAGGUGGAAUUUUGUGGUGACUGCUCCAUGGUGUGAACAGGGUCUUGUGGUAAGAAUAAAACAUUUUGUACUAUUUUUAUAUAGCUUGAACUAGUUUGGAGGAUUGGUCCGAAAUGUACAGAAAUCACAGGCGUGAAUAGUUUUCCAUCCGCUCCCUGACACGGUGUCGGGAGGCUGCAGCCCCUCCAAAUGGAUUCAGCGCUCCCUCCCGCGUCACCUGUUGCUAGGAGAACACACGCACAUGGGAGGAGAUCCCAGCCGCAGCCAGGCCCCGCCCACUCAGCGUCUCCGGACUUCCCCGUGACGUCAGCGGCGGUUCCCUGCGUCAGGCGCAGUGCGCUCGGAGCCGCGGCGUUCUUUACCCAGCCCCCCCUUCCUUCACGGCGGCCAAUAGGUGGAGACGACAGGGGCGGGACUUCCGGCGGGCGCAGGAAGUUACACUGUCUCGGGUUUUUUUCUUUUUCGUCCUCCUCCUUUUUUUUUUUACGGGAUAGAGUAAUUGUGGUGAUAACUGCGGCCGUCCCGCCGCCACCUCCGCCGCCCUCUCCCCCUCAGCGCCGCUCCUGGACGUCCGGGCUCUCCCCUCACUGAAUCCUCGGCUGUUCCCUGCGGCCAGAGCGCGGCGUGUGUCUUGUUUUUCUGCUUCCGCCGUGACGGAACCAACUAUUCGUUCUUCUUCCUCCUCCGACAGCCGCCUGUCCUCCCACCCGAGCAGCCGAAGGGAAGCGUCUGAGAGAGGAGGCGGAGGAGGCCGGGGACUGCGAGUCUGGAAGGCCAAGACCUGACAGCGAGCAGAUUAGGCAAUAUUGGAGGCUGCUGGUCGGACUGUGCAACAAGUUAGCAGAUAACGCAGGAUUGCUCACUCCAGACAGGCUGCAGCAGUUCCAUGAAAAAGGGAUUUCCUUGGCUGUGUAUACUUCAUUCCUGCUGUGAGCUUACUUCAUUGAAUUUACUUGUUUUUGAAGCUGAACAAAGGGGAGGCAUCCAGUGAGCUUAACUAGGCCAGCACUGCAAAGACUGAAUAUGAUGAGCUGCAAAAGUUGCAUUAUUGCCGAAUGCCGGACGUGUGACGCAUAUGCGUUUCUGGACUUUACAUCAGUUUACUGCAUCAGUUGGAACACCUAUAGCAGCUGUAAAUCCAUAUACAGCUGAAGAGCAAGCUUUCUAGGGUGACUCGUUUUCUCUGAGGAGCCUAGAAGCAGACGGCUCAUGACUUCAGAUCAGGAUACUAAAGUUGUGGCUGAACCGCAGGUACAGCAAGUCCAAGAAGCCAAAGAGAGUUCACAUCUUGAAUCAGCAAAGGUUUCUGAAUUAAACCCCAAUGCUAAAGUAUGGGGGAAUCACAUGCUACAUGUGGAAGCAGGUGGAACUGCUGACGGAACAGUUGGCCAAUCCUGGGAGGAGCUGCCUGAUGAACCUCCUGAUUCCUCCAAAGAAGUGCUGGAUAACAAUGGUGGUGAUGAGCAGAAAGGACACAAUACUGUGCUAACACAAGACCAGGCUCCAUCAGUUUCUGUGUCAGACCAAACAGAUAUGAAUACGAUAUCUCUGGGAAACUCAGAAUAUGAAUCUAUGCAUGAAACCACCCAUUCAGGGGCAGUUGAUCUACCACAACCAGAAGGUCAAGAAGACCUACGAGAUGUGCUUAAAAAAACACUGGAAUUUUGCUUAUCUCGAGAGAAUCUCGCCAGUGACAUGUACCUUAUAUCACAAAUGGACAGUGAUCAAUAUGUGCCAAUUCUGACUGUAGCAAAUCUUGACCAUGUCAAGAAACUCAGCACUGACAUGGAUUUAAUAGUUGAUGUAUUGAGAUCUUUGCCUUUAGUCCAAGUGGAUGAGAAAGGAGAGAAAGUCAGACCGAAUCAGAAUCGGUGCAUUGUUAUUUUACGUGAAGUUCCUGAAUCUACUCCAAUCGAAGAGGUAGAAGCCCUCUUUAAGGGAGAGAACUUGCCGAAGUUUAUUCAUUGUGAAUUUGCCUAUAAUGACAAUUGGUUCAUCACAUUUGAAUCAGAAGCUGAUGCACAACAGGCUUACAGGUACCUAAGAGAAGAAGUGAAGAUGUUUCAAGGAAAGCCAAUUAAGGCUAGAAUAAAGGCAAAGGCGAUCGCGAUAAAUACCUUUUUGCCAAAGAAUGGUUACCGACCUCUGGAUAUGAAUCUUUACACACAGCAACGCUAUACAACAUCAUUUUACUUACCUCCGGUGUAUAGUCCACAGCAGCAGUUCCCACUCUACAGCCUCAUCACGCCACCGGCCUGGUCUACGGCACACAGCUACCUUGACCCUUCAUUGGUGACACCUUUUCCUAAUACUGGAUUCAUAAAUGGGUUUACAUCUCCGACAUUCAAGCCAACAGCAUCACCUUUGACAUCGCUUCGACCUUACACACCUAGGAACAGGAAUCCUGGCAAGUCUCACCUUCGACAUACAAUACCUAGUACUGAUAGGGGUACGGCACUUCUUGAUGGUCCAACUAUCUUCAACUUUACUACUGAUAGAUUAAUCAAUGGUGUGCGAGGGCCACCAGCACGACAGCCAGGACAGACUAGAACAAGAAUGCCAAAUACGGCAACUUUUGUCAAGAGGGAUGUCGGUACUGGGCGAGUGGAACCUACCACUAUUGAAACCUCCCCUGGUCUUGGGAGGGGGAGGAAAAAUUCUUAUGGAUACAGGAAAAAAAGGGAUGACAAGUUUGUGAGAGGACAGACACAGUCGCCUCCACCCAUUAAGCCUCCUUCUCCUAGCUUUGAAUUAGGGCUGUCAAGUUUUCCUCCUUUACCUGGUGCUGCUGGCAAUUUAAAACCUGAAGACUUCUUUGAGAACAGAUUGUCUAAUUUGGUAAUAAGCACAUCAAAAGAGAAGAACAUUAAUGUAGAUGCAAGUACAAACACUGUCCCCUCUGGAAUUCCACGGGAACCUUUGCUGCCAGUCCCUACUGUUCUGCCAGUGACUUACCAGAGUCCUCCUUCCCCAUCACAUUCUCCAGAUGAAUCUAAAAUAGUUGAUAUUCAGCAACGGGAGUCUCCAACUAUCGAAAGGAUUUCAAACACUCUCAGUACUGCUAGUAAAUCCAUUCAGGUCAAUGGAGCUGCUACAGAAUUAAGAAAGCCGAGUUAUGCAGAGAUUUGCCAGAGAACAAGCAAGGAUGGGCCUACAUUACAGCCCUCGAAAGAACAGAAGCAAAACUCUACGGCUUGUGUCAAAGAAGAGAGGAAGGUGAAUGACACAUCAGUAGAGAAAGCCAGAGACACCCCACCUGCAAAAUCAAACCCAGGGCGGCCCAAAGACCAGAGGAGACUAUCAGGGCGUAGAUCUCCUCCACCUCCUCUGGCUGUUGGAAAACGUGUAAAUAAGGAACCUGGAAGCCCAGUAAAAUCUCCUCAAUAGAAGGGAAAAAGGCCAAAGGGAGACCUACACAUCACACAUUAGCUGUCACGCCACUCCCAUGUAUUACGGAAUGAGUUGCUGGAUAAGGCUCUGUAGUUACGGACACUUAAGUAUUUUUUUUUAUCAUUUUUACCAUUCCCCUACAUCAAGUAAUGCCAGCAUGUAUCACUUAACUAUUGGGUGUUAAAAGUCAAGCAACUCUUACUUUGUUUUUGCCUUUUUUUUUUUUUUUAAAUGCAGACCUCCUUUUAUCUGUUACGUUAGCAUUGCCAUUGAAUGCUACCAAAAAUAACUGGCUACUAAAAAUACCUUUUAUGUUUUUGCUUCCCUUUCCGUUACAUUACUUGAUGUGUUUAGGUUUGUGUAGAUGCAUAUUUUCUGACAGCGAUGGUUUCUCCAUGCUACUAACUCUUAUCCAGCUCCACAUUUCCAGGACACAAGUUAACGUAGUCAGAUGUUUCAAAGCACAUUGUUCUUAAAGAAAGUUCAAGCACUUAAUGCUUUAUAUCUCUGCUCCAUGUAGGUUUUCAUUUACCCUCUACAACUAUUGCUCCUUUAAUAUAUUCAUUUUUUUUCUAGUUUAUUUUAAAUUUUUUUCCUUUGGCCCACAGAUCCUUUAAAUACCAUGCUGCACCAGGGGUAACUACUUAAUGACAUCUCCCAGCUGCCAUGAACUUUUCCGUUUUGAUCAGGAAAAUGGGCUGAUGAUGUAUUAGAAUUUUCUUUUUCUAUAUAUCGACUUACAUAUAUAUAAAAAAUAUAUAUAUCUAUAUAUAAUGGUGGGAGAUGUCAUAACCACCUUGGGAAUAAAGGUUUAUUGCAGGUUGUACACAUUUAAAUACUUUUUGAAGGACAAGGAUGCACUAAAUUUAGCACGUUUCUAAUAAAGAAGAAUCUAAAUUAUUUUAGUUUGAAAUAUGUAAAGUUUAAAACGUAUUCAGAGCAGCGAAAGUCUACGCUGUAGGGUACAGUUUAUUCCAGGCGUGUUUGUUUCUGUUCUUUUUUUUGUUUUGUUUCCCCUGCUCCUUUCUCAUUAAUACUGCCAGAGGAACCUAUAUGAUAAAUUGCAGGUUCAGGUAGUAGAAGACAAAUUAAACUGCUUUUUUUUCUUCCUUUUUUGUUUUUCUAUUUGUUUUAGAAUCUUUUUUAAAAAAUAUUUCCAUCCAAUAUUUAAAGACUUGAAUUUUAUUUAAACUUGAAAAUGACUUUGCCUUAACUUUUGUAUAAGACAGCUUAGAUUUAAUUAAGUCUGACCCCUCCUGGGUUAGCCUGAGUGAAAUACAAAAAAAAGAAAAAAAAAGAAGAAAAAAAAUUACUUGGCUUCAGUGUGUACCUCUGUUAUGACUGACCUGAGUAAUGACACUGUUGUACAGGAAUUAGCAACAGUUUUGUAAUAUACCUUCAAGAUAUCGAAUAUUUGAUCUUUUUUUUUUUUUUUUCUUUUCUUUUUUUUUUUCCAGAUUGUUGAAAUGUAAAUGCAAAUAGUCAAUACUGUAUUAAAUAUGUGCACUUGGAAGUGUGUGCUUUGCUUGUACAGUUGUAAAUAAUCAGAACAUUUAAAAAAAGGUACCCUACGGAAAAUGCUAAAAAAUUAUUGUUGAUAUAUUAUAAAUGUUGCUGGUAAGCUGGAUGUAGAUAAACUAAAUGUUGUGGUUUGCAUUUUUUUUUUCCAUUUUUUUUUUUUUCUUUUUUUUUUUUUAACUGGCUGUGUUGAGCUGACUUCGCCUAUUCACUGCAAAAGGGAGAGUGCUAGUCUUAUCUAAAAGUAAAACCCUCAUCUAUUUCAUCAUUCUUGAGAAACCCUUUUCUCCACCAUUACGUAUCCUAUGAAGUAAGAAACAGUUUGGAUUUUGUGACAUAUGUAACACUCUUUUCUUCAUAGUACGGUAAAUAAUUCAUAAUUUAAAAAAAAAAAAAAAAAAAUGUUUGGACAAAGCAUGCUGCAAAAAUCUUAACCUAACAAACACUUAUACCCGUAGCCAAUAACCAUGGGUUUUUACUAUAGAGCUUUCAUUUUUAGAUUUUUCCAUGUUCCCCCCCCCCCCCCCCCUAUUUAACAGUGACUUUCACUGCGCUUCUUAUGUCAGCUCUGACACAUUGUUUAGGAGCAUGUCAGGUGUACAUAAUACUUUCACACACUACAACUAGUGAACUUUUUAUCCCUGCACAAAAAACUGAAAGAUCUGUUCUAUCAUUUCUUUUCACAUCUGAAGAAAAAAUAAUUCUUUUUGUGUUUGCUCAAUUGGCUUAACUCUUGGUCGGUUCGCAAUCGAUAAAGUUCAAAGGCCAUUUUUUUUAUACGGGGCAAUGCAUUACGCAGUUGUAUAUACUGAAAUAUACAGUAUUAUGUAUGUGUGCCUCCCAUAGUUGCAACACUACAGUUUUAUGAACAUUAACUGAUCUUUAGAUGUUGCAGAACUCCUCCUUUUUAUGGUAAGACAACUUCUCCUUUUAGAAAGGGGAAGAUAAGGGGGUAUAAGUUCCCUUCAGCAGGGGAAGUCGUACCAUUGUCAUGCUUAACAAACUGUUUACAUUCCCAAGAGUAUACUGUGUGCAGUACUUUUGAAGAAAAUUGCUUUUGUCAUUGACAAAAGUUAUUUUGAUUUAAACCACAAAUAUUUACCAUGAUAAUGUUUUUAGUUUUGGGGAAUUUUUUUCUGUGAAUUAUUAUAAUUUUUUUUUUUUUUUUUACCUCCUGAUCAUUUUUGUUACUUUCUUUUAAAUUUGCAUUUUAGGCCUGCAUCCAAUGCAGAGCCAAGAUUGUGUUUCAGUAUUUUAGAAGCAGAAAGCCACUGUAUUGUACUGAGAUUUGUUCUGAUUUUGAGGUGUAUCUCGCAACAGCUGAGCGAAGUGGUACAUAUCUGUCUAUCUCCUGCUCUUCUGGUAAAACAAUUUGUGUUGAGGAUCUUUUACACUAACAGCUGCAGGCGGUUCACUUGAAUUUGCGCAACUGUAUUUACAUGGAAUAGAAACAUCUGAGGGUUUUUCACUUUGUCCUAUUUCUUCCAUUAAGACUGGAAUCAAGCAUAACUGUAAAGUAUUGGUAAUUUAAUUUUUUUUGUGACAUACGAUGUAAAAAAAAAGUCUAAUUUGAAAAAAAAAAUGUAGGUUAUGAAAAAAAUAAAGAUUUAGGCACUGUUA